AUGCAGAGACUACGCAGCAAAAAAGCGUGCGGAGAGGACGGUAUUUCCGCAGAAAUCUACUUGUCUUUUGUGGAAAAUCUGGCUCCCCGGCUCCAUGAGGUGAUUGUACAGGCGUGGCAAGACGAAGCCGUUCCUGAUGACAAGGGCUCAGGCAUUCUUGUACCUGUCCACAUGAAAAGAUGUAAGACAAGAUGCGAGAACUACCAUGACAUAAGUCUUAUCGAUGUAGGUGCAAAGAUCCUCGCCAUUGUCCAUCUCAGGCAAUUCCAGUCUGUGCGUGACUCCAGGACGCCUCCCAACGAAGUCGGAUUCCGCGCUGAGCGUGUAGGUGCAGACCAGAUAUUUACAUUGAGGUGCAUUCUAGAAUUCCGUACUAGCUACCAACAACCGACGGCUGUGCCUGUUGUUGACUUCGCUUCGCAUUCAAUUCAAUCCAUCGUGAGUCUCUGUGGCGAAUAA